AUGUACAAUGAGAUCCACAAAGGCGAGAAUGCCCAGGACCAGUGUGAGUACGAGCUGGAGCAGGUCCUGGAAGCCCAGCACAAACACACUGUGUUGGGGCCCACCGAAUGGGUGAGACAGGGCACCGAUACCUGCCUAAGACUGCUGUGCUGGAGAGCACUGCCACUGCAUUACUCCCACUAUAUCUCUUUGCGCGCUGGAGUGCUGAGCUUGGCCCGCUGCACCCUCUAUGGGAUCUCCUGGCAUUUUGACCAUGGGGAGCACGAUGCCUAUAAACCGUCUCGACUGCCCCUGCACAUGCUCACCCCCUCUGCCCCAGUGGUGCUGGUCCGGAAGGACUACUGCACAGGAAGAGACUGCACAACACGAUAG